AUGUGUAACCUGUGGGUGGCAUGGGUAGGAGUACUGCUGCCCUGGAUCAAGUUCACUCAUUCAGUCCUCAAACCAGCACUGUUUCCAGUGAUCAAGAACCAACCUUUCAACAUUUUCUGGGCUGCGCCAACAAUGCAGUGUCAACAUUUCUUCAAUGUGGAUUUGACUCUCCAGUUAUUUAAUAUUAUAUCAAAUCCUUUAGAGACUCAGAGCGGAUCAACAAUUGUCAUAUUUUAUCCAAAUGAAUUAGGGUAUUAUCCUUAUUUCUCUCAAGAUGGAAAACCCUUUAAUGGAGGGAUUCCUCAGAAUAUGAGUCUUUCUAAACACCUCAAGAAGACAGCUGAUGACAUUGCAAAAGUUGUCUCUUGGUGGAGAUCAGAAGGUCUUGUCGUCAUUGACUGGGAAAGCUGGAAACCCCAAUGGGGUAGAAAUUGGGGCAAUAGACUAAUCUAUAGAAACUUCUCCUUAGCCUUCACUAGAAACCGCCAUCCUGACUGGUCAGAAAUGAAAGUGAAUACAGUUGCCCAACAGGAGUUUGAAAAUGCAGGAAGGAGUUUUAUGCACACCACUCUCUCACUGGCUUUAGAAAUGAGACCAAAGUGUUUAUGGGGCUUUUAUCUCUACCCAGACUGCUACAAUUAUGAUUAUAAAAUAAACCCACAGACGUACACAGGUAAAUGCCCAAAUGAUGAAAUUUUCCACAACGACCAACUCCAGUGGCUAUGGGAAAAAAGCACAGCACUUUAUACUUCAAUAUAUUUGGAUAAAAUAUUGAAGUCAAGUUUAAAUGCUUUGAAAUUUGUUCAUUAUCGAGUUAGGGAAGCCAUGAGGAUUGCUGAAAUGGCUAGACAUGACUAUAUUUUGCCAGUUUUUAUUUUUUCCAGGCCAUUUUAUUUGCAUAGUAUUGAAGCUUUGUCACAGGAAGAUUUAGUACAUACAAUUGGCGAGAGCGCCGCGUUGGGGGCGGCAGGGAUAAUAUUGUGGGGAGGAUACGAAGAUUCUGAUUCAAAGGAGACCUGCUUAUCUGUGCAAAAGUCUAUCCAAGGGCCAUUGGGCCAUUAUGCUGUUAAUGUGACAUCUGCAGCCAAAUUCUGCAGUCAAAGUCUAUGUAACAAUAAUGGAAGAUGUAUCCGAAAAAUACCUGAAUCCUCCUCCUAUCUGCAUAUGCCUGAAAGCAGCACUAAGAAGUACAUCCUAAGUAAGAGUUUCAGAUUCAUCAUUUCUCCAACUAGUAAACUGAAGACAAUAAGGGCCAUGAAGAAUGGAUUUGUGUGUCACUGCUAUUUCGGCUGGCACGGAGAAUCUUGCCAGCAACAGUCUUCAGAUCUCUUGAGAGGGAAGAGUGAGGCGCCUAUGACUAACUUUAACUUAUCAGUUUUUCUCAGCAUGACCUUAUCUAUGAUUCUGUGGAAUUCUGUCACCCCCUAUUUCAAUGUCAGUUUUUCCUUGAAAUACUGA